CGGUUUGUGUCUUACAAAAUUUUUUAGGAAGUGCAAUAAUGCAAUACGCAGUGAAAUAAAAUUAAAAAUUGUCCUUUUUGAACAAUUGCCACACUUUGUGAUGUACUACGAAACUUAAAACUAAGUUUGAACAUUAAUUUGGGAAAUCAACGUUUGGCAUCUCGAAACCAUUUAGAAGCACUUAUAUCGUAUAACAGUAAUACUCUUAGACAUUUUAUAUCGUAACUGCGGGAACUUUGUUUACGAAACUUAAGAGAAAACGAGAUCGAACAAAAAAAAUAUUGGAGGAAUUCUUAUCAGUAAAACAGUCCGGCGUUUAAAUUCUUAAAAAGUAAAAUAAAACUUUCUAUAAAAACUGCAAAAUAUGUUACAAAUUUUAUUAUUCGUGUUUUAUAUAUGGGGUAUACAUCUCAGGUUUGCCGAAGCCGAAAUAAAACUAGUAGAUGCUGAAAAGUGCUUGGUAUGGGGUGCAGGUAUAAAACCGGACGUUUCUGUUCUCCCUGCCCGCUACUUUUUCAUAAUGGCAAUAGAUAAAAAUGGGCAAAGAUAUCUGGAAUCUGCUCCUUUAAAUUUCCAAGUGAAAAUUAAGGGCAAUUCACCUCAUGGUCGAUGCCGUUCACACGUUGAUGUUAUUGAUCGUGGUGACGGUACUAACAUUGUACGCUACACUACGGCGGAUUGGUGCGAUCAAGUAGAAAUCGAGAUUCGUUACAACGGCACUCAAGUAGCUCAAUCCCCGUAUUAUGUGCGUAAUAAAGUUUAUUCCGAGAAAUGUUACUGUCCUCAGGACCUACAACUAUUUAUGUUACACAACAAUUGCCCAAAUGCUGCAGCGGAUAAACAAAUCAUGUGGGAUUUGCAUUCGUUUAAACGUGUUAAUUUUAGUGCCAUUCGCGAAAAUCUCAUGAAACGUUAUAAUCAACCGGAGAGUGUUUCAUUAUGUCAUUAUGUAGUAAAACAGCAACAAAUUUGGCGCCAAUGUUAUGGUAAAUAUACUGGCUUUAAAAUGUUCAUGGAUUCUACAUUAUUAGCAUUGAGCCGUGUAGCGUUAUUGCCUGACAUGGAGUUUUAUUUAAAUUUGGGUGAUUGGCCAUUGUCAAAGAAAGGAGGUCAACAACGUACCUCAGGACCAUAUCCAAUUUUUUCAUGGUGCGGCAGUGAGGAUUCAUAUGAUAUAACACUGCCUACCUAUGAUUUGACUGAAUCUAGUGUAGAGAACAUGGGUCGUGUUGCAUUAGAUAUGCUCUCGGUGCAACGUAAUGAGCACCCUUGGGAGUUGAAAGAAGAUAAAGCGUUCUGGCGCGGUAGAGACUCAAGGCGAGAGCGUUUAGAUUUAAUUGAUCUGUCGAGAAAAUAUCCAGAAUUAAUAAACGCUUCAAUUACAAACUUUUUCUUUUUUCGGGAUGAAGAACAAAAAUAUGGCCCGACGGUUCCAUACGUGAGCUUCAUGGAAUUCUUUAAGUAUAAAUAUCAAUUGAAUAUUGAUGGCACGGUAGCUUCUUACCGUUUUCCAUACUUAUUGGCCGGCGAUUCUUUGGUUUUUAAACAGGACUCACCCUAUUACGAACAUUUUUAUAGUAAACUUCAACCGUAUAAACAUUAUGUGCCCUUUAAACGAAAUCUUAGUGAUCUAAUUGAGAAGGUACAAUGGGCCAGAGAACACGAGAAGAAAGUUCGGGAAAUAAUACAUAAUGCUCGAGAAUUUGUCGAGGCCAAUCUAUUACCGCAGCAUAUUUAUUGCUAUCAUUUAGCGCUGUUUAAGGAAUGGAGCAAUCGUCUAGUGGCACCAGUUGUGGUCAUGCCCGGCAUGGAAAAAGUGCAAACAUCUUAUACCUGUUUUUGCAAAGAGCCUCAGAUUAAAGAUGAACUUUAAAUAGCUGUGCAAUUUUUGUGGCUGUUAUAAUUGCAUUAUGAAUUAAUUAAUGGUUUUAGCUUAUAACAAAAACGCUUUUCGUGGUAACCAAAAGAACUAUAUAUCUUUAUUCCUGAUUGAAUGACAAAUUUUUAUAUAGUGGUGGUUAAACGA